GACGCGCUGCAUACCAACAGAGACAUACGGGAGCAGGCUAAUUAAGGCUGAAGUGGCGACUUGAGACUGGUCGGGACGCACAGACUCCAUCCUGUUCUCUGACAACAACAAAAAACAUAUUUAUGUCAAGUCAGUGGACAGUUGAAAUUUUACCCUCUCUUCCCAUGAAUUUUCUAAAAUAUCUGAUCUUUCCUUCAAGGCUCUGAGAGACAAACUAAGUGUCUGGGAUAUUUGGGUUUUUUUUCCUGCUCCUGAUAUUUUUCUGGUUGAGAGAUUCUUCUACACAGAAGAAGACAAACAGAAUUCUCCGUUUCUCUCUCCGACAUCAAAAGGAAAAGUCAAGUGGACAAGACUGAUGUUUUCGUCCAGUCACAUGUAGAAGCGUUGGACUAUUGCUGUUGACAUUCAUUCCCCGGGUCGGUUUUUUUAUACACAGAUUCCCCGCAACGGCACCGUAAAGGAGGAAUACCAAGGCAUUUGGCUGCAAAACAAGCAGAAAAUCAAUCAGAACUCCAUCAUGGGCUGCCCCCUCUUGCGGAACGCGUUUGCUGCUUUGAUCCUGGUUCUGCUGUCGAAAGGGUCCAGUGUGCACGGAGCAGAAUUCGGACACCUGCCGGACAACAUUACAGUGUUGGAAGGAGAAAGCGUCACUUUGAGAUGUCGGAUCGACGAGGAGGUGACCCACAAGGCCUGGCUGAACCGCUCUAACAUCCUAUUCACGGGAACAGACAAGUGGUCACUGGACAAGCGUGUGACGCUGGCCAACAGUAACAACAGUGACUUCUCCAUCCACAUCGACAAGGUUCAAAUAACUGAUGAGGGGCCCUACACUUGCACCUUCCAGGCCAAUAACAAGCCCCGCAUCGCCCACGUCUACCUCAUUGUCCAAGUGCCGGCCAGGAUCGUCAACAUCUCAAAAAACGUGUCGGUGAAUGAAGGAGAGAAUGUAAACCUCUUUUGUCUGGCAGUGGGUCGGCCUGAGCCCACCGUCACCUGGAAAAACCCAAGAUUUGGGUUGGUGAGUGAUGGGGAGUUCCUCGACAUCACAGAGAUUAAGAGGCUGCAGGCUGAGGACUAUGAAUGCAUCACCAACAAUGGAGUGGCUCCACCCGAUCAACGCAAGGUCAAGGUCACGGUCAACUACCCUCCCAUGAUUACAGACAUGAAGAACAUGCCAGCCCAAUUGGGUAAAACAGCCAUCUUGCGUUGUGAAGCCAUGGCGGUCCCACCAGCUGUCUUCGAGUGGUACAGAGAUGACCACAGGCCGGUAGAGAGUGACAACACCCUGAGGAUCAAAAACGAGAAGACGCGCUCGCUGUUGCUGUUCACCAAUGUGACAGAGAAACACUUUGGCAACUACACCUGCUUUGCCUCAAACCGCCUGGGGGCUUCCAAUGCCAGCAUGCUGCUGUUUCGACCGGGGGCCAUACAGGGGCGAGGGACCGGUUUACAUGCAGGAAUGAGUGUCAGCGUGUGUGUCUGGGUUUCCCUCUCUGCUUUUCUUCUGCUGAAGGUGUAAAGAUCGAGCUCCACCUGGAAUUGUCCCUUAACAUCCCUGAAAGGCCCGCCUCCCCCUCCCUCCCUCCCUCUCUUCCCCUCUCGGAAAGGAAGAAGGAAAUGAAAUUCUUUAAUUACGAACCCAUCACUGUGAACAAAAAGAAUAUGCAUUAAUCCAGGAGCCAUUGAAUCAUUGCAUAACACACAACCACAUCACACCCCCACCCCCAAAACCUGAGCACCCUCAAUUCAAUUUCGGGGUCAAAUCAUUGCCAUUAUCUCUUCCUCUCUCUCUCUCACACACACACUCUGAGUCUGUCUCUCUCUCUUUUUGUCUCCCAGAAUGCCUUGCAGAUUUGUCUGACUUGGUACUUCCCUCCUCACCCUAUUUUCCCCUCAUUAUUACCACUCGGCUGAUGUUGAUAGAGAGUGUACAUUAAUGAUUAUUGUGUCAGUGAUCAACAAGAAAAUAGAUAAUCUAACAACUGGACGAUCAUUUAUGUAAUAUACUACAUAGACUAAUGACUCACCUACAAUGUUUGCCUUAUGGAAAUGAUACAUUAAAUCACAAUAUUAUGGUGGAUAUUUAUGGAAAUUAUAGUUAUAAUGUGGUACUGGCGGUCAUGUGACCUUUUGAAAAUUGUCCAAUUGGUGGCCAUGUGAAGUGUCACCCUUUGAUCACACACCUACACACUCACACACACACACACACACACACACGUAUGGAUUUUUGAUUUUAACUGUGUAGCAGUGAAGCUGCUAUGAAUGAUGUCAAAAUGUAUUAAAAAAAGGGUGGGUGGUGACGGCGUUGGUCUUAACUACCCCUUUAUGUAAUUUGGGCGGUUUAUACCAAGGUUUCGCAUGUUGGACACCCUCACUACCCAAACCUUUUUAGCCCCACCCCCCUGCCCCUCUGUUCAACGUGCUCUGUCUAGUCGCCCUUCGCAUCGCUAUAGUGUUCUCUGCUCCGUGUCACCCCUCUCCUCCCUCCGUCUUCCUCCCCAGUGUAAAUAUAUGCAGUACAGAGGCCACGCUGGCGACCUCAAGUUGCCUGGCACUGAACAACAUCUCCCAUCAGCCUCGACUACGCUCCAGCUUUCUGAAGCAGCAAGAGACUGUCCAGUGACAACAAUAUCUUCUGUUUCAAAGCUGCAGCUCCAUCCUCUUUGUCGCUUGUUGAUAGCAUGUACUGGUUAGAGAUGUUCCUAUUGUGAGUCCAUACUCCCUACACUCCCUCCCUCCCCUCCCUCCCUGCACUGUGUCUGUUUUACUCUGCAAGGUUACCUGCUUUUACUUUUUUGGUGUUAAUAAUAGUACAGAUGAUGAUGAUGUUAAUAAGUAUUUGAAUAACUAUGAAUAGUAAUUCCAUGUGAGAAAAAAAAUGAACAAAAUCUGAUGGUAAUGAGCCGUGCGUGGGAAAAAUAAUUUUUGUACUUUACUCCGAGAAGUCACACACAUUGAACGACUACAAUGAAAAAACAAACAAAAAAAGAUGUAAAGUUUUCGAAGUGAUGUGCUCUAUUUUGCCAUGAUAAGCUUUUUAAAAACGCAUUUGAAACAGUCUGAGGGAUUAUUUCAUCCGAGUCCAGAAGCAGUGAAUGAUGAUGUAAUUUAUAAUUUGUAACAGUUUAUGUAUUGGACUCUUUUUCUCAUGCUGUUAACUGCAUCACACACACACACAUUUACAGCAUAUUUGUCCACUUAUCAUAGUGUGUCUCUCUCCGACCAGCUAGAUAAAUGAUUUGGAUCCAUGUCAGUCUCUGGUCGUGGCCGUAAGUCGGUUCUUGUUCAGCCCGACCGCAGGGAGAUAAAGAUGUAAUUAGCCAUUACCUGUGGCUGGCUAAGUGAAGGAGCCUGGGCUCCACCUGUCCCUCCUGCAAGCCAGUGAUGGCCCCCAUAAAUCAAGCUCAAUCCUGCCACUGACAGGAAUCCUCUUCAAGGACAACCUCGCCUUGGUGCACCAGUAUUCCCUCCAAUGUGUACCUGUGACAUGCAGGCGUGGGCACUACAAAACCCCCAUGGCACAAUUAUCCAUCCAGUUCCCCCGCACAGCACAAACAGUGGGAGGUAAGCCCAUAUUUCAAUACAGUGGCUCUACAGUUUCUCCACUGAAACACUGUUCCACUCACAUGCAGCGACUAUAUGCAAAUUUGCCAUAAUGAGCCUGCACGGAGAGAUGAGUUUACCCCUACUGAACCCUGACUACUGCGACCUUAAAGGGGAAUAACUCAUUAUUGAAUCAAUUGUCUGAAUGUGUUUUGUUUGAUUUUGUUUCAAACCAGCAAUAACCCCUAACUCUACUGUGCAAGAGGUAUCAGAUAUGGUUAAAGCUGUGGUGUAAUAUCUGAAAAUUUUCCAUUAACAAGGUAUAUCAAAUCAGUCUGUUGUUGUACUAUUACUGUGUACAGUACUAUGAAAUGAUUGUGAAGCUCUGUUUAAAUGGCCCUUAUUCUAAAACACUACAUGUUGUACUCAAAAAGUCUUGCCCUCUGCGAUGUAGUCGGGUUGUCUGUGUGACAGAACACACACUGUUUGUGCUUGCAUGUUGUUGCUCCAAAAAUAAUGACGGAUUCCAUUUCAAGCACAAGAGCAGGUCGUUUGGUCAGUGCAUCUUUUUUCUGUCUCAGUCACCAUUUCAUCUUCUCAGUAUCUGUCUUUAAUGCUGUAUUUUUGUUUUGUUUUGUUCCCCACUCCCAUACUGUACACUGUUCAUGUCAGCGUCCCACUGGAUUUGUCAGUGGCAUAUAACAUCUGUAUGUACAUAAUCUGUCCUUGAUGAAGAAAAAGAACAAAAAAACAGAAGAAAACAUAAAAAAAAAGAACCACGGACAAAAAAAUAACAUACUGUCAUGUUUCUCAAUGUGGGUUUGAAAAAAGCACGUCAAUGUUCAUGUAUGGGUGGAUUUUGAAAAAAAAAAAAAAACAAGCAAACAUUGUAUGUUGUGUUCAGGUUUAUGGGUAAAGGGUUCAGAUGGAGGGGAAUUCGGGCAAUAUGACUUGAAAUCAUGGAGUGGUGAUAAACAGAAUGUGGGUAUUUGUACAAACAAACAGCAAAAGAACAUGUUUUUAUGAGUCAUGAUGUAUGUAAAUGAGUCACACUUAUGGUGUGAGAGAGGAGCACUGGAGAGGGUGUGGGCAAGGAGGCCACAGAUCCCCUGGGUGAAUAAUUGGAGGGUAGAUGAGGAUGCUGUCGAGAGAGCACCCGGUCCGACGGGCCUGUGGGAGGAUACCCUGACAAUGCAAAUCCAAAAGCUGAGAGCCAGAGGGAGAUGGGAUGACACUAACCAAACACUGAACUCUCCAUUUAGGGGAAGAAGAUAGACAGGCGCUCAUAUUGCAUUUCCAAACUUUGGCGCUCCCAAGAGAAGGUGUACCGCACACUAUUUAUGGUUGCACUAUGUAAUAUGAAUAGCAUUAACAUAGCCUUGAUCACAAACACAGUCUGGCCUACUUCAAGUGUAUAAAUAACACCCCAACUGGGGUUCAAUGAGUUUACAGUGAUAUAAACAAGACGUUUGCUCGGCCCCUAAUUACAUUCGGCGCACCCUGAUGAGAAAGUGCUGAUUGGCUCCUGCAUCUGAAGGUUAUGAUGAUCUGUUUACAGAAUCUUUGUUAAUAAGGUGCCAUGGAGUUGUUGUUUAGACCUUACACAACUAGAACAUAGUUUACAGUACAUAGCAUUAUAUUGCACUUUAAUAGUUGUACUUUAGUUUGUUUAUGGUUUAUUAAUUAAUGAGUUUACACAGGGGAUAGCUGGAGAAGUAGGUGAAUUAAUAUAGUUGUAAAAUAAUUAGACACUUUUUGUUUUGUUUUUAUUUUUGUUAACAUAUCAGUGCAAUGUUGUGACACGGAUUUUAGGAACAGGGUUUGUAAAAUACUUUGAAAUACAUUUAAUGGUCACUGAGCACGGUGCCUUUGCUGAGAAGAGUCAGGUAAUGAAGCUCUUUAGGUUAUAAGGACUGACACAGCACAUUGUUCCUGAACUGAUGCAGUGAUAUAGUAAAAUAAUGAUGGUGCUUUAAAGCCCAGACUGUAGAAUAGUAAAAGAAGUGUACAGUUGGCCUGGAGAAGGUUUGAAUGUACUGCUUUCUUCGUUUUAUAUGUGGCAGGGUCAGGCUUUCCUACAACACCCUCCCUAUAUAGAACAGAUCCCGGACAGACUUUCAAUUCAGAAUGCAAUGGUUAAUCAAUACAUUCGACUGAAUGGCUUUGGAAUAGAGCAAUUGCUCCCUGGCCUGCCUUACCAGGUCCCCAGAAGCUGAAUUGAUCAAGUGUCUAUAGACCAGCCUUAGAACAGAGAGCAUAAUUCAUCAUGCCUGAUACAAGACACCCCUAAUUGUGCAUCGAUUUUAAGCUCUUCUCUGAAACUAUUUGGGCAAGCUGUAAUGUCAGCUCAGUAAACUAUGUGUUCAGAGCUAUGGUUCAGAUCCAGCGAAUGAAGGAUUAAUCACCUGUUUUUCUUUUCUAGUCAGUCUAGGUUGGUAUUUCUUGUUUGUUUUGCUGCAUAAUAUAGUACAUACAUGCUCCCUGGACACAUAAUUUACCGGCUGCUAUGGUACAUUAUAUUAUAUUAUUAAUGACAGAGAUGUAACCUAUAUCAUUUUUCAGUUGCCAGUGUCAGCAGCUAUUGACACUGGGUAUCUAGAGGCUUAUGUCUGGUUGUAAAAUACACACAUUAUAAUAUUAUAGGAAAUUAUAUGUAACAGAAUAAAAUUUACUAAUGCGAGACACAGAUGUUGCAGCACCAGAGUCAGUAUACCAAAAGGAUAUGCUAUGCAGAGUGACAAUUAUAUAUGAAUGAUUAUCAUUGUUAUAAAUCCCCUGUUCACGUCCUUUACAGCAAAGCAUGCCUAAUUCCCAUAUAUUAUCCUAAUUAUCCAUUGUUUACCAACUAUCUACAGGCUCAUUCAGUUCUCUUGGGCAAAGUCAGUGUUGCAAGUCUAUUAAGGCCCAGUACUUUUCCAUUACCACAGCUAAUGAGUGCAUUAGUAUACAGCAUGCAAGACAGGAUUGUGACGAAGAAAGUCUCAAUAACAUUGGGCACGAGGACACUUCAGGUGUUGGAAAUGACAUAAUUGUUAAU